CAACGACGCGUCGACUAACCCUCCAGAAUCCACUUUCAAGCUGCAGACAUGUGCGAUUAUGACGAAUUCUUAUUCGAAUGCCAACACUCUGUCUGCCGGUUAAAAUCUUACUGCCACUUUGCGCGUAACGACCCGAAUCACAUAUGUAUGGGGGUUAAGAAGCUUCGAGACUCAUGGCUUCAGUCGGGACAGCUUUGCGAAGAAUGCAUUAGAAGCGGAAAGCGCUUCGUAGACGGAAGGAUAUGGGUCCCCUCGCAACGGCCACGGUGAACCUACACUGCAGCAAGGAAGAUGGCCCAGAUUACGCACGACGUUAUCGCACGUCGGGGAGUUUUUGUAUAACGUUAUAGGAAUAAUGAGGAACGACCACCACGAUCUAGAAAAAAGGGAACGGCUGCUCAAACGCGGUUCUGAGAGGGGUGCUAUUUUAAUCGCUUAGGUAGAGGAUGAAGUGAGUCCGGAGAUUUAGUAUGUUGCUUACGAACCGUUACGAACUUUUGGCGAAGUGUUUCGAAAGGAGGGACAGCCAUGCAGAGACAACUGUCUGUGAGACGUUUCUAUACCAUUGGGGACUUGCUUGCGAACUUGUCUUCCAUUCAUGUCUUUGGAAGCCGGUCUGAACAGUACAAUGCAUGAGAGGUAUUCUAGGACUCAGUAACGUUCAAGAUACAGGCAUCAGGUUGCGAGGUGGAUGUAACCGUGAUAUCCAAUCGAAGUGUUUACAACCCCUU